AUGACACGCGCUCAGCAAACCAUUUCCAUUGCUCUCCUCCUCUCUUCUCUAUACCUGGCCGUAUUCCUCGAGAUCGUCUCUUUGCCCGAAAAGAUUCAGACUGAGAUAAUUCCUGUGAUCCCGUUCUGGGCUCUCGUGUCCUUUGGUUCAUACCUCCUAUUCAAGCUCGGCUUGGGUGUUUUCACCUUCAACGAUGUCCCCGAGGCGUACAAGGAAUUGAUGGCAGAAAUUCAGGAGGCACGAACUGAUCUGCGUGCCAAGGGUGUUGAUGUCGGAGAAGAUUGA